AUGGCAACUGGAGACACGGCGCCCGCGCCGCUUACCAUUCCACCCCCGCCGAUCGAACCGCUCUCCGAUGACGAUGGCUCAAGUCCGCUGAGUGACGUCGAAGAUAAGGAUGGCGAUCCAGGGGACUUACAUAGUCUAAAUGAUGCUACCCCCGACAAUCGCAACGAAGACGCAAGCUCGGUAGACGAUCUUUCCGACGCAAACGAUACCGAAGCUGAGACUGAACGCCUCUACGACACGCCCCGAAAUCCUACCCGUCAUAAGGACGUAGUCCUAAAAAGGUCAGCAGAUGAGCAAGUCUAUGAGCGUACCCCGAGUAAACUGCGACGGCACAAUACAAGAACUGGGCAGAAUAGAGAGGAAGACGACAGGCCAUUCUUUGAGGAAAUGUCAAUAGCUUCCAGCCCCCCAGCGCAAGAGACAAAGACACUGAAAAGGCGCCAAUCACCGACCCUAGAUAUAUUAGUCGAAGCUGCCACACAAGAAGUCGAGAGCAGAAAGCGAAAACGAGCCUCCAUGCCUAUUGAAAAUUCUGAACCUUCACAGCUACUGCAAAAGCGUAUUGGUUCAGUACCUACACCCAAUCGGCAGGACAUAGAUGGCGACACUCCGAUGGCUGAUGAAGACGACCCUUCGAUACAUACGAAUAGCGGCGAACCCUCGGCAGACGAAGCCAUUACCGCCCUAGCUGGUAUAGAUCGUAUUACGAACAACACCCAAGGAGCCCAGUCAGACCAAGAGGUCGUACCCAAGAAGCAGACGCGCAGUGGUUCAAAGAAGCUCAAAGCCACAGAGCAGACAAUUGAGGCCGAUGAACCGCCGGAAGAAGCCGUUGGUGAUCCGGUGGCCGAAGACGACGGUGCUCACGCUGGCGAGGACGAGCCACUUGAAGCUGAUGUAGACGAAGAAGCAGAAGCAGCUCAUAGAAAUGAAGAAGAACUCGAAAGAAAGAAGACGGCCUAUGAUCAGUUGACAGCAAUCGAAAAACGAUUCGCAACUUUCAGAGAUAGGUUAUACGAAGAACGACUCGAGCAGUUGAACCAAGAAGAAGUAAUGCUACGAUCCGAGACCAUAACGCACCCCGAGUACCUUGCUAUGAUGCAAUGCAUAGACGCACGAAGAGACGAAAGACUUCGUGUGGCAAACCGAGAACUAGAACUUAAGGUGGAAUCUCUAGAGAGAUGGGCGGUUUCUAGGCGAUCACAAAUCCAUUCUCAGUUCUUCCAGUCUGUUAGAGAGUCGAGAGAAACGAUCUUGGCAGAGCUCGGUCAGCAGUGGUAUGACAUCCAGCACGAGCGCCGCAAGCAAGCCAAUAAUGUACCUGAAUUCGGCCUCCGAUUCCCUCCUGAUCCUAUACAGCGCACCAGAAACGCACUUGCGUACAAUAGAGAGGUAGCUAUUUUGUCAGGCAUAGCCAAGUACGAAGGUAUGCCUGCCGCGCCGGAGAUGAGGGGCGCAACUAUACAAGAUCUAGAGGAUGAUUUCGAAGCAAUAAAUAGAAAUCGACAACCAUCGCUUCGACACCAAGUACAUAGGCCUGCUUAUGCGGAUUACGGUGGGCUGCCGUUCGGCCAAAGUCUUGGUCCUGCAGGAGAACAGUUUAUCGAACAAACCCCAUGGGCAAACCCCAAUCAUCCAUCAAAUGCUCACCUUCUCCAACGACAGCCCUCGGCCCAACACGAAGCUCAUGCGCAUGGUAGUAUAUCAGGCGUAUCAUCAGGGAGACACCAUCAAUCACAUCCGUUUACCAAUGGUUCGACAACUCAGUCCUCUAAUGGGCCUUCUAGGACCCAAAGAAAUGUACCGAGACAGCUUUCUACCUCACCUGAAGUCACACGAGCCGCUAGCUUGUUAGAGCAGACUAAAGCGCGCAGCAUGAGGGCAGCAGAAGCAGCUACGAGACAUGAAAACAGUCAACCAGUAGGUAGCUUAUGA